AUUAUUUAUUCUCUUCCCCUUUUCUGUUUUCUUUUCGACUGUUAAAGGAGUUGAAUAGAGGAGCUUUCAUUUUUAUAUAUAUAUAUAUUCUUUUUCUUUUGCUUAUAUUUUAUUUUUCUUCAUGGAAAAAGCAAUGACUAACAACAAAGAAGACUCUUCAAGACUAGUGAAUAAACCACCUGUUUAUCUCAGUAAUCCUCGACCUCAUCUUAAAAGAACAUUAGAUGCAACACCUUUUCCACCUAACCAUCCGCUAGCGGGUUUACCUUUACCUUCACCAACACCAUACCAGCAACAACAAGCUGCUCGUUUACAAUAUUACCAUACUCGUUCACCUGCUUAUGUGGAAAGUCCCAGUUUUGGCUUGAAUGAUUUCGAACUCCAAGAUACUUUGGGCACUGGUACUUUUGGUAGGGUUUACUUGUCCAAAUUCGUACCAUCAAGCAAAUAUUAUGCUAUGAAAGUGUUAAAGAAAUCCGAAGUUGUGAGAUUAAAACAAGUGGAGCAUCUUUUAUCUGAAAAGCAAAUAUUAUCUUCUGUUCGAUUUCCAUUUAUAGUUGAUCUAUUCUGCACUUUUCAAGACGAAUCCAACCUAUACAUGUUACUUGAGUAUGUGGUUGGCGGAGAAUUAUUCACCCAUUUACGUAGAGCUGGUAGAUUCACAAAUGAUAUGACGAGAUUUUAUGCUUCAGAAAUUGUACUAGCAAUAGAAUAUCUUCAUUCCAAAGAUAUUAUAUAUCGUGAUUUAAAACCAGAAAACUUAUUAAUUGAUCAUCAAGGACACAUAAAGAUUACAGAUUUCGGGUUUGCAAAAAAAGUUGUUGACAGAACGUGGACGUUAUGUGGUACACCAGAGUAUUUGGCUCCUGAAAUUAUUCAAAGCAAAGGACAUGGUAAAGCAGUUGAUUGGUGGGCUUUGGGUAUUCUUAUAUUUGAAAUGUUGGCUGGUUAUCCUCCCUUCUUUGACGAUAAUUCGUUUGGUAUAUAUGAAAAGAUUUUAAUGGGAAAGGUUCAAUUCUCUGCCCACUUUGAUCCGCUUGCAAAAGAUUUGUUAAAGAGACUACUUGUGAGUGACAGAACAAAAAGAUUAGGAAAUCUGAAGGGUGGCUCAGAGGAUGUAAAAAGACAUAAAUGGUUUAGAGGUGUGGAUUGGGUUGGGCUAUUGGACAAAAAUGUGCGGGCACCGAUUGUUCCUCAUUAUCCACAUCCAGGAGAUACGAGUAACUUUGAAAAAUACCCUGAAGCAUUUGAUACAGAUCAUCAUCAUAUGGAUGGCGAAGAUCCAUAUAAGGAUUUAUUUGUAGGCUUUUCAUAAUUCCCUUCUUUACAAUAUAUAUUCCCACUACAUCAUAUAACUUGACCUUUUUAUACAUAUUACCUUGUAUUAGCUACCCCCCAUCCAUCCAUAAAAAAAAAUUCCCUCUUCCUUUCCUUUGUGUGUGUAUGAUCGAUGAAUAAAAAAAACACAUGAUAAGUAAGUCGUAGGGAGUUAUUUCCACAAUCCCGAGACAAUCCAAUAAUUCUCCCUACAUUUAUAACAAGGGAUGGUACUC